ACGUGGGCUGUUGAAGUGGAAGUAUGAAGUACCUCUCUUUGAUUACGAGCGUCAUCGCGCAUCGCCAGCACCAGCGGCGUUCUCGCGGGACCGCCCGCGCCUGUCUCGCUUCGCCCGGACACGCGAUUCGGGUCGCUGCCGCAGCGUUUGCGACGGGGGAGUGGAGAGAGAGAGGGGGGGGGGGUAGACUUUGGUUAGCGAAGGCAGCCUUCCUCCGUACGGUCGGCCUAUACGAAUUAAACGCCACGACGCGUCCGUGUGCGGCACGUGCGCGGUGUGUAAAUACGUCGCACACAGAAAAGGAGGGGGGGGGGGUGGAAUAUUUACGGGGUUGCGUAUCAUAAACCAACAAGAGGCUCUCAAAGCUGUCGAGAAAGAAGAAGAGAUCUGAGUUGAUCAGUUCGUCGUGCCUCGAGGUGGAUUGCCGUGUUCAAGCCGUCACACCGCCGUCUUCCCGUGGGGGAUCGCGUCUGUCCCUCCUCCAAUGUUGGAGCGCACGGAGUCAGCAACGUCACGAGCCAUGAGCUUCCACGACGCGCACAGCGACCCGGCGGAGUACGACCAGUACACGCAGUGCCUGGCCAAGGCGCUCUGCUACGUGGCCACUCCCAUUACCGUGGGGCUGUAUGCGCCUUGGGGCAGCGGCGUGGAUCAUCUGCAGUAUAAGAUCGAGAGGUGCCUUGUCGCCAAUGCCGCCACCAUCGAGGAGAAGGAGUGGGCGCGCCUGGCUGAGCGGCCGCGCUCGGCGGAGGGCCCCCUCGGGGUGCUGGCCCUCGUCGCGCGGCUCCUCUUCUACGACCCCGUGCUGACGCGGCGCCAGCGCGACCGUCGCAACGUCCGCUUCGUCUUCGUCCCCUUCAAUGCCUGGGAGUUCGCCGGCAGCGACCGCCUCUGGGCCGGCCUGGUCACGGCGCUGUGCGAGGCGGUGCGCCUGAACUUCCGCACGCUGCCCACCGCGAUCUACCGCGCCGUCCGCAGCCGCGCGGUGCCCACGCGCCAGCACUGCGGCGGGGGGGACACCGACUGGGAGGUCAAGCGGCUGUUGGGCGUGCCACUCUGGUUUGUGCCGAUCAUCUUCCUCGCGCUGCUCGUUUUGUUACUGGUCAUCGUGCUGGUGCUGGGCUUUCCGAACGGGCAGGUGGUGGCCAUCGAGGGCGUCUGCGCCGGCCUACUGGGCGUCUCCUCGACGGUGGCGCUCCGGAACGUGCUGGCGAUCGUCAGGAGCGCGGUGGUGACGCAGAAGGCCGAGGUGGAGAAGAUCAUGAACAGGACGGACUUCAGCGACCAGCUGGGCUUCAUGUGCAAGGUGAAGCAGGAGGUGCAGGUCGUCACCAACUUGGUGCGCUACAUGGAGGUGUUCGAGCGCCGCCGGAUCCGCAUCGUCCUCAAGGUGUGCGACCUGGACCGCUGUGCGCCGGACAAGAUCGUGAGCGUGCUCGAGGCCAUGAGCAUCCUGCUCUCCGACAAGCACGCCCGCUUCGUGUCGCUGCUCGGCGUGGACCCGCGCGUGGUGGCCGAGGCGGUGGAGCGAGUCUACGCGAACCUGGGGAAGGCCUCCGACAACAGCUACCUUCUGCUCAACCGCACCGUGGACCUGCCCUUCACGGUGCCCCAGAUGGACAAGCGGGUGAAGCUCGGCUUCUUGAACGCGUUCGCGGAGGGCAUGGACUGGGCGGUCAACGACGACGCCGCCGCCGGCUUGAGGUCGGUGGCGUUUGGCGAGCGGCGUUCCCGCCGUGGCCCCGACGACGACGCCGCCGCCGCCGCCGCCGCCGUGCCCCUCGCGCCGUGCGCGAGGGGCACGGCGGCAUCGCCGUUCGUCCUCGCCGCCCUGCAGUUCCUGAAGAGCGGCGACGGCACCGUCCUCGACUACGUGGAGCACAACCUCGUGACGAUGCGCAGGAUCGUCAACACGCUGCCCGUCAUCGUCCGCCUCGCGGUGGCCGCGCACGGCGGCCUCGGCCCCACGCUCACGCCCGAGAGGAUGGUGGCCUGGACGGUGCUGAGCACGCAGUGGCCCUGCCGGCUCAGCUGGACGCUGCAGUGCGGCGCGGCCUGGGCGGACGAGCCGGGGGUGGGCGAGGACGCGUCGAUGUGGGACGUGUACGAGAGGUCCCUGACCGAGUUCCGGGCGCUCAUGAAGGACCUGGACGAUUUCUUCGUCCUGGACGGGGACUCGGCGCAGUUCCAGAGGUUCUUGAAGCGCGACCACGUGUUCACGGUGAGGGAGGGCGCCAUGCUGCGCCCGCUCAGCGUGAACCUCGACCGCUCCAUCCAGAGCCAGAUGGAGCUCCUGCGGGGAAAGUACAGCAUCAGGAACUUCGAUAGGAAGCGCGGCGGCCAUGGCAAGGCGUUCGAUGCCACCAAACUCCCCGACAUGACGCCAGAAGACGUCUGCAGAGAGAUGGAGGCGCUGGAGCUGAGCUCGGAGCGGCUGGCCGGCUACCAGAGCCGCGCCGUGGAGCACGGCGUGAGCGGCCGCGCUCUGCUCCAUGGCACGGAGGAGGAGGUCAGGAGGGCACUGGGGAUGCAGGCGCUGGGCGACUGGGCCACCUUCCGGGACCACUUCCUGGGGACAUCGCGGAUGUCGCGGGCAGCGCGGGACAAGGUGGACGGUGGGGAUGAUGAGAUGGGCGGAGAGUUGGACGAGCAGGAAGACGACGAGGAGGAGGAGAUGCGAGCUUGUGGAAAUCAUCGCCGGCGCAGGCGGAGGACGGACGCGUCGCGUCGCAGAGUUUGAACGUUUCUGCGGGAGGAUGAGUCCUUUGAAGGAUUUUUGCGCAUGCGGGCUCGGUGGCUUGGAAGGGUCGGAGUUCUGAACCAGGCGGGAGAGAUGGUGUCUUGACCGCGUAGAUUUUAAACCUCUCGGUUCAGUAUAUAUUUGAUAAGAUUUGAGCACAAGGAUACAAAUAAUAUUAUAUUAAUGACAACCUUCCCCUGCCAUAACCUGGGGUGCGAAUACUCGUAUACGGGGGCUAGGUUUCCACUCAAGGUCUUGUUCAUAUUGGCUGCUGUCCGUAUAAAGGUACACGACUGGCAGGCGAACUC